CUUUGCGAAGACCAGCAAAAAAUGAGCCAAAAGUCACAUUUGAAACCUGGCUUUUGCUCUGAGCGUCGGCCCGUGUGUGCGGAUGUGCGCUUUUGAACUGGUCCAACAAGUUCAUUCGGGAUGUUUGCCCACGCAAGUCGCGGCGGCGGCGGCCCUCGCCCUGAGCGCUCUUUGCCUCCAACAGCCGGCCUGUCAGUUCGCGUACGCCGGAGACGUCCGCCAGCUUUUGUCCGCGGUCGCCCGAGACCCCGACGGCGUCAACGGGCGGGAUGACGUCACCGGGGACACGCCCCUCAUCGCCGCCUGUCGCCGCGGCAACCUGAGGGCCGUCACAGUUCUGCUGGGGCGCGGCGCGGACGCUCGAAUGCGCAACAAGAAAGGUCGCACGUGCCUACACUACGUUGCGAAGCAGAAGUUUUCUCUUCUGGACCACCUGAUCGUCCUCAUCCUGAUGCCCAUCCUCCUCCUGGGAUACUUCAUCCUGUUACAGAAGCAGCGGCGUAACGAGGCUCUGAUGAAGGAAGUUCUGGACAGCGACGUUGACGUCAACGCGGCAGACGACAACGGCAACACAGCUCUUCACUACGUGUGUCUCCGGAAACGUCAUCAUUUGGUUCCUCCGCUGCUCCUCAGGGACGCCGACCCUCACGUCAAGAACCGCGUACGACCGAGCACGCACGUUUGCCGCGGGCCCCAAAGGUCCGCGCGCGCACGCCUUCGUCUGCUUGCGACUGCUAUUUUUUUUUCCCCUUUGUUUGGUUUCAGGACGGCGAGUCGCCGAUGGACAUCGCCGUGAGGUUAAAGUUCACCAAAGUAGUGCGGCUGCUGAGGAAGGCGCAGUGAUGGAAUCCCUUCACCUGCACGUGCGCCACCUGGCGGCGGCUGUGGCAAUGGCACUGCAGUGACAGGCAACCGUUGUGGUCUCUUGUUCAACCCAAUUACCGACUGGCCAAUAGUUACACAGUAGCCGCGUUUUGAAACCACAGUACAACAUAAGACACACACAAAAGGAUAAUGCUAAUGACAUUAGAAAAAGAAGAAAAAAAAAACAUCCCCCCCCCACCUCAAUUUUUCUCAUUACACACUAAAAGCAGACGAGGAGGAUUGCACGUCGACAAUGUCACCGCGGACUUAAAAAAAAACUACAAUUUUGUCAUGCACAGUGCUGCAGGUGCAUAGUACGUACCGCAACGUAAUAGACAAUCGGCUCUAUCGCACGACCCCCCCCCUCCCCCCGCCCCUUUUUGUCUACGCCGUCAAGGUUCCAACAUUGUCAUAUGUCGUGUUUCUGUGGCCUCAGGUCGCUACCAAUAAAACGAGCGCUCAAACUACAUAGAAAGCAGCCUAAAAACUGAAACUAAAGAGGUGCAAAUAAUAUUGUGGGUUCACGGGUUGGAUUAUGGUGGGGGAUUUCUCAAACUUUGGCAUGUAGAAUUCAAAGUGGUCAUGUGAGCUUGAUAUUUUUUCAGUUCUGGUAACAUGAAGGAUUUUUAAUUCGACUUUGUAAGCCAAGUGCAGGGCGAAGUGCAAAGGACAGACAUAGAACACCGUGACUAGCAAGAAACCUUGCAUAUUACCUAGGGCCCGAUUUCCGUGACAUGUUAAACUUUUCCCAAAAUACGCUGUGAAGCAUUAUCAUUAGAACAGAGCAAAAAACUAAGCAUUUUUGUCACAGAAACAUUCAAUUUUAAGUCAGUCAGUUCGAUAUAUUUUUGGGAAUAAGGACUUGCAAUGGGCAAAUACAUGCUACACGUUCAUUUGUUGUCUCUGCCACGUCCUUUUUUAGACAGAAAAUUGAAACUCGUUGCCUCGUAUUUGACAAUCAAAUUCAAUCUGCAGAGUUCUGUAUUCUGAAAUUCAUCAAAAAUGUCACAGAAAAUGUGGUUUUCUUGCUCAUUCACUGAUGA